AUGAGCGGGUCUACUGCGUCAGACGGCAUGCUGUACGCUACCUACAGGUUCACGUUUGACCACGUGUACGACCAGGACAGCAGCCAGGAGGACGUGUACAACCAGUCUGCACGCCAGCUGGUCCAUUCCACUCUGCAGGGCUACAAUGCGGCGAUCAUCGCCUACGGCCAGACCGGUACUGGCAAGACGUACACCAUGGAGGGUGCGGCCCGUGUCAGGGAGGAUGAGGGGGUGGCAGGGGACCUGGAGGGGCCCCUGAGGGGCAUCAUCCCGCGCAGCAUUGAGGACAUCUUCUGCCAAAUCCAGAAUGACCCAGAGCCCAGCAGCAGGUACCUGGUGCGCCUGAGCUACCUCCAGAUCUACAAUGAGGUCAUCAGCGACCUGCUCAAGCCCGACAGGACAAACCUUGUCAUCAGGGAGGACCGACGCCGCGGCGUUUUCGUCGAUGGUUUGAGCGAGUGGGUGGUGCGGUCGCCCCGGGAGGUGUACGAGCUCAUGAUGCGUGGCGCUGAGCAGCGUGCGACGGGUGCGACCAAGAUGAACGAGGUGUCGUCGCGGUCUCACGCAGUGUGCAUCAUCAUCGUGGAGAAGUGCUCCGGCACUGACACGGAGGCCUCGUCGCCCGACGCCCUCAUGGGGCGGCCGCCUGCCUGGGCGGCUGGCAGGGGCGGCUCGUCGUCAGCUCUCAGCACGCAGCAGAGCAUCAGGGUGGGCAAGCUGAACCUGGUGGACCUGGCAGGGAGUGAGAGGGUGCACAUCACCGGGGCGACCGGCAAGCGCCUGGAGGAGUCAAAGAAGAUCAACGCCUCGCUCUCAGCCCUGGGCAACGUGAUUGCUGCUCUGACCGACCGCAAGGACCGGCAGCACAUCCCCUACCGCGACUCCAAGCUCACGCGCAUCCUGGAGGACAGCCUGGGGGGCAACUGUAAGACCACCAUGAUGUGCAUGGUCUCCCCCGCGCUGGAGGCGUUUGCGGAGAGCCUGUCGACGCUCAAGUUUGCCAACAGGGCCAAGAACAUCAAGAACCAGGCGGUGGUCAAUGAGGACCUGGACCAGAGGACACUGCUGCGCAAGUACGAGCGGGAAUUGCGCAAGCUAAGGGCCGAGCUGCAGCGCCGCAGCAAGGAGCUUGUGGACAAAAGAAGGCUGCUCGAGGUUGAGGAGCAGAAGCGCCAGGCGGAGAAUGAGAAGCUGGAGGUGCUCAAGGUGCUGGAGGCGCGCAGCAGGGAGUUCAUGAGGGAGAAGGAGGAGAAACGGCAGCUGGAGGCUAAGAUUGCAUCGAUGCAGGGGCAGCUGCUCAUCGGAGGCACCAAGCCCGAGGACUCGCCUACCUUCAGAACGCUACUGGCCAAGGAGCACAAGCGCAUCCGCGGGGAGUAUGAGAGUCGCCUGCGGGAGCUAGAGGCAGAGCGGCAGCUGUUUGAGGAGGACCUGGCGCAGGUUGACCGCUACAAGCAGCUGCUGCUGAAGCAGCGGGACAUCAUGAUCGCCCUGACGGCGCGCCUUAACGAGAGGGACGAGCAGAUCAUGACGCUGCAGGAGGAGCUUGAAGCCUACGACAAGCACCAGCGCCUGCUGGAGGACCAGCUGGACGGCAAGACUGCAGAGCUCAUAGGCCUGAGGCGUGCGGCACUGGAGGCGGAGGCAAUGCGAACACGCAGCGGCACGCUGCUGGGCACUGACGCAAGCAGCAGCCAGGUGCGUUAG